GCUCCCGGGGCGUGUACACUUGCUCCGCGACACGCGCUCUCGGCCACAGCGACUCACUCCAAGUUCCCUCCCUCGCGCUUCGGAGAAGCUGCCUGCGCCCUCCCACUCGGCGCAGACCGGAUCCUCGCGGCGGCCACCGGCCGGGGCCCUGUCCGCUCGUCCCGCGGCCCGGCAGCGGCGACGCGGGGACUCGGCGGCCCCUGCGGCCGGCGAUCGGCCCUCGGUCCCUUGCGGGCCCCGACUGCCCCUCCUCGCGGUCCCCUGGCUGCACCGCCGGGAGCCGGGGAGCGCGGCCGAGAAAUCCCCAAAUUGGACAUCAAGAGCACCAUUCUCAUUCUCAUUGAAUCUUGAAUUGGAAGCUACUAAGACUCUAAGUCCUGAAGAGGAAAUAAAAGCUGUUUAGGGUAAGCCACGGUCAGAGAAAAUCCCAGCGGCGCACUGCCCAGUUCCUAGCUGUCACCAACAUGUGACGUUGAUGUUUUCUGCUGCAUGACCAGGAGAAGGAACUGGGCCGAGAACUCUUGCUGGAGUUGACCGUCUGCUGUUUCAUGCUGCAGAGAGCACUUUAGAAAAGGAAAGCUCUCCUGUGACAUCUGCCUGCCAUCCAUAAGAUACACGUGGCCUCUCAGCCCUGCCUGCAGUUGAACACAAAGACCAGGAGGAGACUCCCACGUCCUUCAGGGAGGAGAAAGGAGGCAGCAGCGCAGAUUAAAGGAACUUGCGGCGUGUGGCCUUUCCGUGCAGGGGCGGCCCGGAAACGGGGAGGAAAGUGCGUCCGAGCCCGCGAGGCGGUGAACGAGCCGUGAGAUGAGGCGCCGCCGCUGCUGCCGCCGCCGCCGCUGCUGCUGCUGACCCCGGCGCCCGCGCCCCGCCCCGCCCGCCGCUCCUCGCCUCGUGUACAUGUGUCUGCUCAGGCCGUCCGGAGGCGCCCACAAGAGAAGCCACCACGGCCGCCGGGGAAAGACCGCCCGCCAUGCCCACGGAGAGCCUACAGACAGGUAGCAUGGUGAAGCCGGUCAGCCCCGCGGGCACCUUCACCUCGGCCGUGCCCCUGCGCAUCCUCAACAAAGGGCCAGACUACUUCCGCAGGCAGGCCGAGCCCAACCCCAAGAGGCUGAGCGCCGUGGAGCGGCUGGAGGCCGACAAGGCCAAGUACGUCAAGAGCCAGGAGGUGAUCAACGCCAAGCAGGAGCCCGUGAAGCCGGCCGUGCUGGCCAAGCCGCCCGUGUGCCCGGCCGCCAAGCGCGCGCUGGGCAGCCCCACGCUCAAGGUGUUCGGCAACCACGCCAAGACCGAGGGCGGCGUGCAGCGGGAGACGCUCAAGCUGGAGAUCCUCAAGAACAUCCUCAACAGCUCCGAGGGCUCCAGCUCGGGCUCGGGCCACAAGCACAGCUCCCGAAACUGGCCGCCGCACAGGCCCGACGCGCCCGACCUGCACCGGCACUCGUUCGCUGAGUCGCUCAAGGUCUACCCGACGCAGGGCCGCGGCAGCCCGCAGGAGGGCGGCUCGCACGUGGGCAGGCGGCUGCUGGAGCAGUCGGCCGAGUCCUUCCUCCACCUGUCGCACAGCUCCUCGGACAUCCGCAAAGUGACCAGCGUGAAGCCCCUCAAGGCAAUCCCCUGCAGCAGCUCCGCCCCUCCCCUGCCUCCCAAGCCCAAAAUCGCAGCCAUCGCCACCAUAAAGUCCCCCGAGGCCGAGCCCGUGGAACCCGCCUGUGGCGUCAGCCGAAGACCCUCCCUCCAGCGGUCCAAAUCAGACUUGAGCGACAGGUAUUUCCGAGUGGACGCGGACGUGGAGAGGUUCUUCAAUUACUGCGGACUGGACCCGGAAGAGCUGGAAAACCUGGGGAUGGAAAACUUUGCAAGGGCUAAUUCUGAUAUCAUAUCGCUCAACUUCCGCAGCGCAAGCAUGAUAAGCUCAGACUGUGAACAGUCUCAGGACAGUAAUAGUGACCUUAGAAAUGAUGACAGUGCCAAUGACCGCGUGCCGUAUGGCAUUUCCGCCAUCGAGAGAAAUGCUAGAAUCAUCAAGUGGUUAUAUAGCAUCAAACAAGCUAGAGAAUCACAGAAGGUCUCCCACGUGUAAGAGAUACAGUGGUGGAAAGAAGAGGGGUGGGUCUCCUGUCUGUGCAAACGCAGUUGUGAAGGUUGUGAGGUCUCCUUCAAGUGUUGUGAGCUUCUCCACUCUUUGUGUUGCUUGUUGUGCAAUGUUUUCAAGUUGCAUGCCUGUCAACAUGGGGACUGACCUGGCUUCCACCUCACCGUUGCUGCAGAGCCUGGCUGUGAAUACAUGUCAUCUGCCAAAAGUUUCCGGCCAGAAUCCAAUUAGGGCUUAGCUUCUAAGCAAAACUGUUUACACGAAAACGGUAUAUACAACUUAAAUAUUUAUGUGAUUCUUGUGUUUUUAUAUCCCGCGCUAUUGUGUCUUAAUUAAAAGUUUUAUCAACUGGCUUUUAAGUUGAGAGCAGAAUCUUUUUGAAAUAAAAAGCCACUUUGCCUAC